CCUCAUUCCUGUACGAAGAAGAAGAACAAGAAGAAGAGUACUUGUCCCGCUUGCAGCCAUCGUGAGCUCUACCCGAGUGCAAAGUCGCGUCGCAAUGUCUUCCCUGCAGCGUCCUUCGACCCGCGUGCCCGCAGCGAAGGCACCGCCGGUGCAAGUGGUCGACACCGCCGAUAGCCGGAAGGUGGGACGCUCCUACAGCAUCCAAAGUGCCACAACGGCGCGGUCGGUGGCGCCGGCGGUGCAGGCGGACCCGACCCUUCUGCGGCCCGUCCGGGAGGCUCAGAAGGCAACCGCUUCGUACCACUGCAUCGGUCUGAUGAUGCCCGUUUACCUGGCCCCUUUGAUCUACAACGGUAGCCGGGUAAGCCUGUGCCUGUACUCGGUGCUGCUGCCUCUGUGCUGGUGGCUGACGUCAUCGAUGCCCCGCUGCGUGGCCGCCCUCGCGCCCGUGCUCACCCUGCCGGCGCUGCAGAUCAUGAGCCCGGACGACACGGCCGCGUGCUUCUUCCAGAUGAACUCCCUCGAGGUGGUCGCCUUUCUAGCCCUGGUGACGGCGGGCCACUCCAGCAGUGGCAGCCUACUGCAGAGGUUCAGCUACCUGCUCUGCAGCAAGUACGGCCUGCAGGUGCGCGCGCUGUACUUCUCCCUGACGUGCAUGACGUACGUGCUGGCCAUCUUCAUGCCCAAGAGCCUGGUGGCCGUCCUGUUCGUGCUUACGGUCGACAAGGUGCUCAGCUGCGUCCACGAGAGCGAGCUCGACCGGACGCUCAUCGAGGAGCGCGUCUCGCAGGAGCCCAAGGCCAAGGUUGCACCCUACCGUCGGAGCCAGAGCCUGGUGCCCAGCGUGUCGGACAAACCGGACACAGACAAGCUGUUUGCUCGGCUCGCACAGGCGGUGGACGUCCUGAACGACGAGACGGCCGAGACGGUCACGCUGAACAAGCGCAAAAACCGGAUGGGCCCCGACGUCCAAACCGAGAAGGAGCAGCAUCAGAAGCAAGAGAAGUGGGAGGUGGACCCUUCCGGAUGGCAGAGCCCCCUUAAUGCAAUUGAUUCCCCCUUGAAGAGCCUGAUCAAGCGACUAUCAAAAAGCAUCGAGACGUCCAGAAAAGCAUCCCUUGUGACCUUGUCGAGAAGGACGUCCCUUCCCUACGCAUCGACAGCAAGCAAGGCCGACGACGACACAGCAACCAACACUGGAAUGCGAAAGCGGUUCAGCGACAAGUUGAGGCGUCGAUCAGGCGUUCCAACGUCGAGCGGGAUGGCUAACACGGAAUCCAGUGGGAUCUCCUCGCUAGCUGGCUUGUCGCAGCGGGACCAAGCGACGGCCCUCGACGCCAGUGCGCCGGACGUCAUCAGACGGCAGCUGCGCACGCCGCUGCUGGAUUCGCUCCCAGGGCGCAACGUCUCCGCCAGACGGCAGCGCGCGCAGAAGCGUCGGCGAAGCACCGAUGCGGAGAGCGUCACCACGAAGACGAGCGCAGAGGCGCCGGUGAUGGCUUCGGCUGUGCCGCCCGAUUCCUCGGCGGCCAACAAGAAUUGCUCGAAAGUGCCGACGGGCUCCACCGUCGAGCGAGUGGACGACUCCCAAGUCGUCGCCGUUCACUCCGGCUCCAAGGGACCGGAAAAAGGAGGAGCACCCGCUUCCACCGCUCAGAGCAUAAAGAGCCGCAAGCGUCGCGACAAGUCGACCAAGGAACCCGCCGGGACAGCACCGACUGCCGCGGGAUCUUCCGCGAAGGACCCGCAACCAGCCGCCGCCGCCUCGCGCGACGGCACCACUCCCAAGCGAAAGUCUAGCACCGGGAGCCACCGUCGGAAGAAGCGCUCCCAGGAAGGCGCCGCUCUGGCCGUAACCAACAGCGAUGCAGGUGCGCCCCGGUCGGCGUUUCCCGGCACCGCGGAGGGAGCCGCGACUGCAGUGGCGCCACCGGAAGCGGGCGGAGAACCUCCGAACGAAAGCCCUCCUGCGGCCGCGACGGGCGUGGAUGUGGGCCGGCCCUCCAUCAUGAAGUUGCCGAGCAGCGCAGCAGCAGCGCAAGCCCCAGCCAACGUGCGGAGGCGACAGUCGACUGUGGACUUUGGACUACCCUCGCCAAAAGACCUCAACGAAUGCGAUAUGGGAAGGUCGAGCGCGUCUCCCGACGGACUGGCGUUGUCCGGCGAGAAGCUGCGGUCAUCUAAAGGAGCGUGCCAGUUCGCCGCAGGCGUGGCAGGCGUCACUCCCUCGGAACUUGCCGGCGGCUUCAGCAAGCAGCUAAGUCCGACCGGGCCCAACGCCUGGAAGCACCGGGUGUCGCGGGCUCCGCGACGGUCCAGCGUUUUUUCGCACGUCAGCUCGCCCGUCGGCCGGUUUGCCUCCGCUUCGGCAAACGAUUCGACCAGUCCUAUCAGUGACCUGGCUAAACGGCGCACAAAGCAAGUAUACAAUUCUACAACGCAUAUUCUUACCGCGCACUUUAAUGGCAUCGAUGGCCUGCUUGCCGAUACGCUAAAAUAG